UCUGUCAGUCAACAAACAUGGGAUAGCGGAAUUAGCCUGACAAGUAUGAUGCCUUUCUCUAGAAGGCGUGAAUCAAUCGUUCGCGGGCAUUCUAUGAACAUAGAGGCACCCAUAACUAAGGUCAUUAACAUCAUCAAUGCAGCUCAGGAGAACUCACCACUGUCUGUAGCCCAGGCCCUGGACAAAGUGCUGGAGAUCCUCCAGACCAGCGAGCUUUACUCUCCCUUCCAGCAUCAGGAAAUUAGCACUGAUGAUGACCCAAUGGCUAAUGAUUUUGUGGAAGGGCUUAUGUCUCAAAAUGUGAAAAGAAAGCUGUCAGGCCAUGAUAUACAAAGAAUUUCCCAUCAUGGACAUGGCCACCAUCACAUUCCGUCCAUUCCUGCAUGCUCAAUGUCCCAAAUUCCAGAACCAAUCAUGAAAGUGCUCAAUCUGGACUCUACUUGGGAUUUUGAUAUUAUUACUCUUGAAACACUUACCAAUAAAAGGCCAUUGGUUCAUCUUGGUUUAAAGAUAUUCUCCCGUUUUGGAGCCUGUGAAUUACUCAACAUUACCGAAACUUGUCUGGUCAAUUGGUUACAGCUGAUUGAAAGUAACUACCAUGCUAACAACCACUACCACAACUCCACUCAUGCAGCUGAUGUGAUGCAUGCAACAGCAUAUUUUCUAGACAGGGAAAGGUCAAAGGAAAUAUUUGAUCAACAAGACCAAGUGGCAAGUCUAAUUGCUGCUGCUGUUCAUGAUGUUGAUCAUCCUGCAAGAACUAAUGCUUUUUUGAUAAAUGAAAAGCAUCAGCUGGCCAUUCUUUACAACGAUCAGGCUGUGCUAGAGAGUCAUCACGCCAGCAUGUGCUUCAGGCUGACUCAUAAAGAUCCAAGUGUUGACAUCUUUAAAAAUUUGAGCAGUGAGGAUUACAAAGUCAUGCGCCAGACAAUUAUAGACCAGGUUUUAGCAACAGACAUGAAGCAGCAUUUUGAACAUCUUUCCAAGUUUACAACCUCCAUUACUAAAAAUCUGCAAAAACUAGAGGGUGACAACACAGAUACAGAAGGCCAUGAAGCUGAUAUGAAUGCUGUGUUGUCUGACUUGUCCCUUCAUGAGAACCGAACCCUCAUCAAGAGGAUGAUGAUCAAAUGUGCUGAUGUUAGUAACCCACUCAGGCCACUAAAGCUGUGUAAGGAAUGGGCAUACAGAAUAGCUGAAGAAUACUGCCAGCAGACAGAUGAAGAAAAGUCGAAGGGACUACCUGUAGUUAUGGCACAGUUUGACAGAAAAACACUGAACAUACCCAAAUGUCAACUGGCAUUCAUUAAUCUUUUCAUUACCAGCAUGUUUGAUGCUUGGGAUAUUUACUGUGAUAUUCCUGAGUUGAUGCAGCAUCUACAAAUAAACUAUGACUUCUGGAAAGCACAGGAAGAACUAAAAGACAAAGAACAAGUUACUUCUCAAGGAAUGGACAAUAGUUAG